AUGAAACGGCGAAGUGUGUCUGCGCCCCAGCUGAAUACAGAUGCGGACCACCUCAGCUUUCUAAACUCCUCUUCUCUGUCUGCCGAAAAAGGCCAAUCGGACCAAUCGACUGCUCGCUCCACCACUGCUCUUUACAUAGAUUUCCGUGGGCCCCGUGGCGCAGCUCCAGCAGGGCGCCGGUGCAAGCCUGUUCAGGGGGAGGUUAGAGCAGAGAUGGGAGAGUUAAGGAGGGCCACUCUGCUCCGGCCUGACCCUGCGGCCUCCGUAUCGAUCGCCGUGGACCGGUUAAGUCUCGCUGAAGAGAGCUGA